UUAAACCGGAUACCGAUUGUAAUCGGUUCCAUUUCCUUUCACUUUUUCGAAAUUCCUUUUGCUUUCUACUCUGUCCUUCUCUUUCUUCUCUAUCCGUCGUCUCAUCCUUCCUUUAAUUCCUCUUCGUCAGACAAUAGAUCAGAUCUGCUUCUUACUCCUCUGCCUUUUAUUUCCAUCCUCAUAGCUUGUUAACCAUUCUUUGGUUUUUUUUUUUUUUUCCUCGGUUCUACAUCUGUUGCUUCUGAAAGGUGAAGGGAUGAGUGACAAUGGCUUUCUUAAUCUCAAUCGUGGUGGGUGAUACUUCUGGAAGUGUUUGUGUUGUUUCUGUGCAAGUAUGGAUUAUCAUUUCUUGAUUUCUUUGGACAACUUAAAAAUCCAAUAAUAAUAUUGGACAAAGUGAAGCACAGAGGAGGCUCUGGAGGAUGAGAGGCCAUAGGGCAAAAACGAAAAUGAAAAUGAAAGGGAAUCGUUCGCAAUCGGUUGCCAGUUUAUUAUGGAUAAAAAAAUUAAUUAUUUAUAUUAUAUGUAAAAUUAUAUUAAAAAAUAAUAAAAAAAAUUAUUCCCAAAUCAUUUGUAUCCGUUACUGCAAAGUUGGACAGAAAUUUUAAGAUGACACAGCAUUUACCGGGAGAUGGACAGUGUUAUAACGUUCUCAAACGGAAGGAUGAUUUCUUUAUUGUUGAGGAAUUGUUAUGAAUCUUUUCUAAGUAGAGGGAUGACAAUGACUUCUUUUAGUAAAGUUCAAGGAUUUUUUUUUUUUUUGUGACAAGCAUUUUUCUUAUGCUAGCUUGGCACCUGGCACGUGUAUAACGUGACACUCAUCGCGUUAAAUCACAAAUUGGGCUAUUUUGCAUGGGCAAAUAUGGCUCUGUUUCGAUGCCAAGAAAAUUGUUUCUUAGGAGGAAACUCUGUUUUUGCACAACUAGAAGUGUCUGACUCUUUUUUCUGGUUAUUUGAGCAGGAAUACAAGACCCCGCAUCACAAGGCAGAUACUGCUGCAGUCGUUCUUGUGUUCAAUUACAACGGUUACUGCAGACCAGGUGUUUUACGUUCUUGGACUUGAGUAUUCAACCGCAACAAUUGCCUGUGCGUUGAACGAUCUCCGCCCUGCAGUCACUUUUGUCUUAGCAGUCUAUUGCAGGUUAGAAAAAGUGGGAAUAAAAACGGCAGCAGGUCAGACAAAGGUGGUAGGAACCAUUGCAUGUGUUGUUGGAUCCAUGCUGUUGUCUUUUUACCAUGGACACAGCAUUUACAGAACAGAAUCCGGUAUUCAUUGGAAAUAUGCCGAGGAAGUUACUGAUUCAAGUUCCAACAACAGGACAAACUUCCUAGAUCUAUUUCUAAUCAUGAUCAGAUAUGUUGCUUGGGCUGUUGGGUUCAUAAUCCAGGCACGACUAGGGAAGAAGUUUCCAGCACCUUACACAACAGCUGCAGUCAUGCGUUUCAUGGCAAGCAUUGAUUGCACUGCAAUUGCUUUCAUUUUUUAACAUAGAAUUUCUGCCUGGUCAUUGAGCUCCAGUAUCAGACUUUUUGCAUCUUUAUAUGAGGGAAUCGUGUGUAACGCGCUGGCACUUUGCCUAGUGACAUGGAGCAUUGGUAAGAAAGGACCUCUCUACGUCUCGAUCUUCAGUCCUUUGUCGCUGGUGAUCAUCGCAAUCCUAAGUUUUGCACUGCUACAUGAAAAGUUAUUCAUUGGAACUCUUGCAGGUUCUGUUCUGAUCGUUGCUGGAUUUUACGCUGUCCUGUGGGGGAAAGAUAAAAGAGACUAAAGAAAUGAAAUCCAUGGAUGAUGAAAUGGAAACAAAGCAAGACGAUCAGAAGGAUGACUUGGAACUCCAGCUUCCGAAGAAUAACGAUCAUCCCACUACGAUAGAACAAAAGUUCAAUCCUGUACCGUCGGGUUUUCCAUGAGACGGGAAAUGAAAACCAUUAGCCCCACACGAAAUUUGUGAAUAAGUGAUUGUCUGAUAAUGAGCAAGAAAUAUCUUUUUUUAUGCUAAACAGGAUGUAUUGAACUCAUAAUUCAUUAGAUACUUUCUAUGAAUGUCAACUAAGUACCAUAAGUAAAUUGUUGCCGGUUGAUCAAUCAAUUGAUAACCAAGGUCAUUCUUUGAUGAAUGAUCACUAUGAGUCAGACUCAAUAGAAUUUGAUCAAUCCUCUUUUCUAUCGUUAAGAAAAUUGUUUCUUAGGAGGAAACUCUGUUUUUGCACAACUAGAAGUGUCUGACUCUUUUUUCUGGUUAUUUGAGCAGGAAUACCAGACCCGGCAUCACAAGGCAGAUACUGCUCCAGUUGUUCUUGUGUUCAAUUACAACUUUGAGGAGUACACGCCUGAUUGGUGGACGAGAAGAAUAUUGAUCAUCAGGAGGAGGUGGUCGGUCGCCUGACACCAAGGAAGUAAAAUCACUGAAGACAGAGAACUUGCUAAAUUUUUCUGCUGCUUCCGGUACCUUAUGAAAGCACAAAGUGAAAAAAUCUGUUUUUCAUUUUCUUUUUCUGGAGAAAAAUACUUGAAUAACUAGUCAUCUCUCCAUGAUGUACUCUCUUUGUUCCACUUUAAUUGACAAUUAAAGUUCUUUCCACGGA